ACGCAUGCAUACGUCAUCGCGCUUCUUUCGUGCAGGCUCGUUGACUGACAGCAUCACCAGCAGAGCUUCUUCGCGUCCUACUGAAGUAUUAACUGGAGCGACACAAUUGCACACCACUGACAAUUAGGACACCGUCCAGUCGAAAACAGGCACUGCUAUGUUGAAACGCAUUAGAUAUGACUGAUGUCGAGGUGACAUAUGAAGACUUCAUCGCCUCUGGAAGGACCGGCAGACGUAAUGCUGUACAUGACAUAUUGGGAACCUCGGAUGGUCAUGAUCGUAGCGGACUCUCCCAAACUCUGUCUGAGCUCAAUAUCAGCGAAGCAGAGGAAAGCAAUGAUGGAGAGUCAAGCCAGAACUCGGCAGAAUCUGAACCCAAGCAGGAAGAAAGCAAAGAGGGCGGCAUGUAACAGAUGAAACAAUGAAACAGAAAGCACCCCGUCUAGUGGCGGAUUUUAGAAGCAACCAUGAAGGGUUUGACGCUGGAGCAUCCCUUACGGCUUUGACCAGAGGAGACUUCACUUUGAGGAUGCUGCACUUACAGGUUGCUGUGAAAGGCAGGACCUUUAGUAUCAGUGUGAAAAUGAUGGCACUGACACAGUGGUCAGUCACAACAAUACCGUAUAGUUCACUUUCCCUUCACUCUAGCUGUUACUGUAGAUGCUUGAAGUGAGUUGAUGUGGGUACACUCUCAGAAAAAAGGCACAGACGCUGUCACUGGGGCAGUAACUUUGUACCUAAAAAGUGUAUAUUAGUACCUCAAAGGUACAUAUUGUAUUAGGAACUUUUUAAAGGGUACCGUCCCAGUCAAAGCUUUAUAGGAAGUAAGAGACAGUGACAGAGAAUUGUCUUUGGCAAACAGGGAAAUAAUGUGGAUCUAUUUUGCAUCGGAACACCACAAAAUUAUUGAUUUUGGAUUUACAGGUUAACUGCCAAAAUAAAGUAGCUAAUAAAACUUUAAAAUUCAGUAAUUUUUAUAGGCGUAAUCUUGUAAUACUGUAGUAAUAUCAGACAGUAACUUAUUUCCUGUGUGUUGUAUAUUUUUGAUAUGUUUAUGUUAGCACACACAGUGGCUACACACACUGCAAAAAAUAUGUUUUACUGAAUUUUAUCUUGAUUUUAUAAAAAAUCUUAAAUCAAGAUAAAUUUGCAGUACUUGAGAAUCAAAAUGUCCCAAGAUAGUAAAUCUUUUUAUGUGAAGAAAUAAAACCAAGUGAAAAAAAUCUAAUGAAUUUAUGCUUAAAACAGCUUAAAUAUCUGCCAGUGGGGUAAUACACAUAAACUUAAUUUA